CAGACUCAACUCUUUUUUCCUACACAAAGACCAAGACUUUAUACGCCCAAGAUGCCGCAGAAUGAGUACAUCGAAGAGCACCAGAAGCGCUAUGGAAAGCGCCUCGAUCACGAGGAAAAGAAGCGCAAGAAGCUCGCGCGUGAAGCACACAGCAAAUCACAGUAUGCGCAAAAAGUCACCGGCAUCAAGGCCAAGAUUCUCAACAAGAAGCGGGCGAAUGAAAAGAUUCAGCUCAAGAAGACGCUGCGGCAGCAUGAAGAGCGGAAUACAAAGCAAAAAGCAGCAGAUGCUACACCGCAAGGUGCAGUGCCCGCCUACCUCUUGGAUCGUGAAGGCGAAAAGAAUGCCAAGAUGCUCUCCAACAUGGUGAAGCAAAAACGAAAGGAAAAGGCUGCCAAGUUUGCUGUGCCACUGCCAAAAGUACGCGGUGUUGCCGAGGAUGAAAUGUUCAAGGUCAUCAAGACUGGAAGCAAGAAUCAAAAAGCAUGGAAGCGCAUGUUGACCAAGGCGACGUUUGUGGGUGAGGGCUUCACGCGCACACCCGUCAAGUAUGAGCGCUUCAUUCGGCCGAUGGCGCUGCGUCAGAAAAAGGCCAAUGUGACACACCCCGAGUUGCGCGUCACCAUGCAGUUCCCUAUCCUCGGUGUCAAAAAGAACCCACAGAGUCCCAUGUACACGCAACUGGGUGUCUUGACCAAGGGAACAGUCAUUGAGGUGAAUGUCUCGGAGCUCGGUAUGGUGACGGCAGGAGGCAAGGUGGUCUGGGGUAAGUACGCCCAGGUGACCAAUAACCCAGAGAAUGACGGCUGCGUCAAUGCGAUUCUUCUUGUAUAGCGUAUAUUUGUAUAGUUUUGGCGACAUCCUUCCUGCCCACUUCACUGCAUGCGCAUGCCUAGGCGGCGGCAAGCUGCCGUCCUCCUCAGUGUCCUUGCUCUCCUCCUACUGCUACGAUCCUAUGCGCCAGCUAUACGCGCUGGCCUCGCCGUGCAAGCCUUCCACUUGCGCUACAAGCAUCACCACGCUCUCUAUGCGAUUGGCUAUGCUUCGCUCUUGAGCAAAGAACCACUCGUCCAAGUCAUCGGACAAGACGCUUAUGAAGUCGUCUUUGAGCUACGCCAUGAUCGCAGACCCUCACCAGUUGCUCUGCUACUCGGUGACGAUGCCGUCGUCAUGCCAGCCAGACUCGACGCUUCUCGAGAUCACG